AGUAGAUACUGGAAUUCGAACAGAGGGCGUUUCUAAAGAGUUUCAGAUUCUUGAAAAAUCAGGGCAAAUGGAAACUUUGUCACCUUCCAAAAUUUGUGGAAGAACAAUUGUAGACGUCAUUUUUCCAAAGCUCUGCUAAGUUUUCCACACUGUGGUCUAUUUUCUUGUGAUGGUAGCACAGUAGAGUUGUUGAAAGAAACUAGGAAGGGAUUGGAAUCGACUUUUCUAUUCCAGUGUAACACCUGUAAGUCAACUGUGGAAGUUUCCACUGAUGAUCCAUAUUCGAAACAGACUCCAGUCAAUACUGCUGCUGUAACUGGAGUGAUAUCGAUUGGAUUGGGAUAUGCCAAUUUAAAAGAAUGGUGUUCUACCCUAAAUAUGCCAGUGAUGUCAAAGAUCUACAAGAAAAUAGAAGGAAAGCUGUGGACAAUUUCUAUAAUACAGCCACGGAAUUGAUGCUAGCUGCUGGAAAAGAGGAAGAAAGUCUAGCACAAGAAUGGGGUGAAGUUGAUCCAGAAGAUGACAAAGCUGUCAUUAGUGUAAUAGCUGAUGGUGCAUGGGCAAGAAGAUCUAAUAAAUCUAUAUUUUCGGCCAAUUCGGGUGUGGCUUCUAUCAUAGGAAAAAGAACUGGCAAACUAUUGUAUUUAGGUGUAAAAAACAAGUAUUGUUGUGUGUGCGUCAAAAAAUUCUAUCACUCCAUACGUAUGUUACAAAAAUUAUAACGGUACUUCGACUGCAAUGGAAAGUGCAAUUGUUGUAGAAGGUUUUAAACAGAGCAUACAAAUGCACAACUUGAAAUAUAAAUAUUUUAUUGCUGAUGGCGACAGCAGCACGUACAAAAAAAUGUGUGAAGCCAAACCGUACGGCAAUAACUUUUUUAUUGAGAAAAUCGAGUGUAAAAACCAAGAAAGGUGGCUAUCAGUUAAGGUGUUUGGCGGCAGCAGUGUCAUAUAUUCCCGUGGAAAUUAUUUAAAUAAUAUAUUGCAAAAUAUAAGCAAAAAUGCAACUGGUCAUUACCAAAAUUUAUUUUCUCAAAGAAAAAUUAAAAAAUGGAUACAAGAAAAAAAAAACCAAAAAAAAUAUUUUAAAAAACAAAGUAAUAAUAAACCUGAUAAAGACUAUGGUCUAAAUGCAGAAGAGUCAGUUCAGUUGUCGGAUGAAGAAUUCGAAGCAAAAAAACAGGAAUUUUUAAAAAAUCUGGUAAAAAAUAUCUCAGAAAGAACAGAGAUUUUUAAUAAUACCACUGCUCAAGGUAAUAGUGCUGCUUGGUAUGUAGAACGUCAACAACGGUUAACGUCCAGCAAUUUCGGAAAAAUAUGCAAAUUGCGAGAGAAAACAGACAGAACUAAAACUAUUGAAGCAAUAUUGAAUCGAACGUUUUGUUGAAAUAGAUUUACGGAAUAUGGAAUUGCGAAUGAACCGAAAGCAAAAGAAAUGUUAGAAACAAUUUUAAAUAUAAAUAUUGAACUAUCAGGACUUUUCAUACAUGAUGAAUAUCCCUUUCUUGCAGCUAGUCCUGAUGGCUUAAUAGGUGACUCAGGCGUAGUCGAAAUGAAAUGUCCAUAUAAAGCUAGAUAACUUACGUCUGAAGAAGCUAUUGAACAAAACAAACUUCAAUUUUGCCAAUUAAUUGACGGUCAAUUGCAUUUGAAAAGAACUGAUUCCUAUUACUACCAAGUACAAGGACAGUUAUUUAUUUCGAACAGCGAAUACUGUUACUUUGCAGUAUGGACCCCAAAAGGAAUUUUAUACGAAAAGAUUUAUAAAGAUAUAGAACUGUGGGAAAAUAUGCUACCAAAAUUGCAAGAUUUUUAUUAUAAUUUUUAUUUGAAACAACUUAUAAAGAAGUUUAGUUUUCCAUCGUAGCUAUAUCGUUUUGUUGAUAAACUUUUAAAAUUGUACUUACAAUACUUUCUUAGAAGAUGGUUACGACAUACAAUUUUUCUCAACAAAAUUAUUCACAUACGUAUUUUCUAACAUUUUUGAUGAACACUACUAUCUCCAUCGGCUAUUAAAAGUUUGUACGUAAUGCCAUGCGUGUACUACAUUUUAAUCCAUCUAGAAUUAUUUGACUUUCCAUUGCAGUCGAAGCUUUUGUCCAAUUUUUGUAACAUACGUGUUCAUUCUUACCUUCUCCGUAUAAUUUACAGUAGGAACAGUAUUUGUUCCUAAAACUUAAUCUUUUGUAUUCUGUAACCAAUAAUGGCUACAGCUCCAGAAUUGGGGUUAUACUUUGUUUUAUAUCAUACACUUUAUUCAAAAUAACCACAUUAUGAAUUUUCGUGAUCCAAAAAUAUUAACACAGAAAAAAAAAACAACCCUAACCUGCUUUCCUUGAGAUCGUUCUGAAAUUGAUAAUCACACACUUUUUAAGUUUGCAUUAAAUUUUGAACAUAAUUAAAUAUGUAUCACUAAUAUUCCAGACUCACUAGUUUGCUUUUUUUAAGAAAAACAACUUACUUAUUUUUUGUUACCAUUGAUUUUCUCAAUUUCUUAUAUACCCAUAUACGCUAUACCCAUAGUUACAUUUAGUCUGUGUCAGCCAUUUAUUUAUGAUUUAAAACUUUUUAAUAAUAAUCAAUCAAAGUACAGCUCCCGGAACGAACCAUGGCCGAUGUGAAACGCUGUCGACGAUCGUACGCCCACUUAAACUCUACAAGUCUACACAGACAGGAUUUCUCUCAACGACCAUGGUUCGCUCCGGGAGCUGUAUUGUCAUUUAGAUCAUUACUUGAAAAUUAACUAAUCUUCUUUUAAUUUUUUUAUAUGAUGUUUUUUGAAGAAGGAUGAUUGGAUACCUCUAUGUACCUUUGAUUAGUUGUAAAUAAAUUAUUAAAGUUAAAUAAAUUUUACUUCUAA